AUGUAAUAAGUAAUUUUGAAAUUUUUAGAUUCAUUUGUUGAAACAUCCAAAAUUGCUUAUUACAUAAUAUAACAUUUAUAUUUUAGUAAGUUUUUUAUUUUUACCGUGUCAAAAGUGACCAAUAUGUGGCAUGAAAACUCUCGCGUUUAAAAUUGGAAUUGAGGUAGAUAGUUCAACUAACAAGAUAUAAUUAUAUUACUCACAUAUCAUCUUUUUUUAAAACUUACUCUUUCAUAGUUAACUGUAUUGUGUUGAAAUAUUGUCCUUUUUCCUUAAAUUAUUUUAAUUUGAUAUAACAUGUUUUACAUAUUUAACACAAUUAAUAACAUAUUAAGAAGUAACGCAAUUUUAUUUUAUAAUUUAUUAUAACUUGGAACACUCGGGGACACUAAUGUAGGCUUUUAAAUGCUACAGUUUGCAUUAAGGAAUUUACAUUGGUUUAUCUGAUUACCACCAUUUCCGUGCUCCUGCUGGUAUUUUUCCUAACAAGAAGGCAUAAUCAACUAUCGACCAAUUUUGAUGAGAUAAUAGUAGGCAUCACAUAGUUUCAAUUAUUAUUAACAUAUAUUAAUAUAUUAUUAUGAUAUAAUAUGAUGAACAAAUGAAUUCAUAUUUAUGUAUCUUCGCAAUAUUCUUUUUUUCAUCUUACGAGCGCGUCUUGCGCACCGAAGCAGUCCGUGGAAUGUUCUAUACACAACACGCAGCAAAGGGAAGGAUAACGCUAGUAUCUUUUUCUAAUAUUUUCUAAUAGGUCACUAUCGUAUCUAGAACAUUUCGCCUAUUGCUUCUGCGCGCGAGACACUCGUAUUCGCAAAUCUAGAUCAAUUAAUAGCUUUUAGUAUUAGGAAGAUCGCAAAAUGGUAUAGAACUUUUCAGUUCCACUCAAUCCAUUCUACCUUCAAACGAGUAUUGGCUAAGUUACUAUCGAACAAGUUGUAUAUUAAAUUUUAUAAACAAAUAGCAUAUUAAUAGCGAAUUCUCACAUUAUCAUGCUUGCGUUUCCUCACGACACUACGUGAUAUCGUUUAGCAAACGGUCUUUUUUCCUGUUUGCUUCAAACACUUCAAAUUUUAAAUAUAAAAAUUUUCAUCUAGAAGGCGCGGACACGUAUCCGAUAUUUUGGCAAAUUAAGUUGAGUUUCGUUAAAAUCGGUAGGUACUCAAUCGUAUCUUCUCCUUGGAAACUUUACGCACACCGGUUACUUCAUCAGCUUCAUCGCGUAGCACAGGUUCAACAUUCCGGAGCACGUUAAACCAGUACGCGUCGUUUGACCUAUAAUGUUAGCGAUAAAGCUUCUCCUUCCUAAGCUCUACCACCAAAGUUUUCAGAUUAGAAUAGCAAAUAAUGAAAUAAAUAUGAAUAUGAAUAACUAUAGAUGAAUAUAAAUAAACGUAGAUGAAAAAAGACUACUAGUCGGUGAUUGUCUGAAAAUUUUAGUAUUAUACAUGUGACAAGGAUACAGAGAUUUAUCUUUAGUAUGUAUAAAGUUUUAGUUUAUGACUAUUUCGCAUCGUUUAAAUCACUAUUUGCAACAAUAGAUUAUCAUAAACUGAAAAAUUAAUGAGAUUUGUUUAAUGACAAAUAAAGAAAAUUAUUGUUUAAGUUUAUUAACUUGACUGAUAGAAAAUGGAGUUACAACUUUCUUUUUCUGGUCAAUAUGAUUACAAUUUUUCAUGUUACAUGUUGUGAUUGGAUUACGUUACUAAUGUUUGGAUUUUACCGAAAAAAUAAUUGAUAAUUUCUUAUCAGAGCACGAUUAUGUCACCGGGGUUUAUUUAUACUCGGUGGGAUACUCCACAAGUUGCAGUUAUACAGGCACGCGAAUCUCAUCAGAAUCAGGAUCGGGUCAUGUUUGUAAGACGUUUCUUUAAUACGGAUAAUACCAAGUUUGGCCAUGAGGUUUUUCAAUAAUUCAUAGCUUAUUAUGCAUAGGCUGAUAAAUAAUAUAUGAUAUUAAAAUAUUAUAUUACGCUUCUUUGAAUGCGUAAAUGUUUAGUUGAUUUAGAAAUAAACUAAGUGUUAUUGGUUAAUUCAUCACCAUUGUGAUAAAAGCAGGCUUAUUAAUGGAAGUAUAAUAAAUGGGGCAAAAUAUACAAAAAAAUUAAUUGAUGGAGAAAAUUUACACGUCAGUCAAAAGUCAGUUAAUUAUUUUCCAUGUUGUUAAUUGCGUUCCAUAUUGAAGAUUUGGUUCGUACUGCUUUUGUAUCGUCCUGUAUUACUUAUCGGAGAUUUUGAUCAUAGUGUGAAUAUCACCUUAUGUGGGGAGGAGAGGGGGGAGCCGUGCCUGCGUAAUCGGCGAGCGGUUCCAAUCGAACUAGUCCUCGAUUUAAUCACAUAUUGAAAAUCCGCGAGUCACAGUACACUUCUAGUAGUGUUGACAUCGACACUGUAUUCAUGUAAUCUGUCUUUCGAUUAAUUUUGUCUGAAACUUUGCUCUUCGAUUUUACGUAGUUAUUACGUUAUUUUUCUUUGGGUAUCUUUUGGUGAAAAUAUUAAAGAGUUUUUAAGAAUAACUUUAUUAUUAUUGUUACAACCAGCUGGUGACAUUUUGUCAUGGGGCAAUCGAUAUUACAUGUUAAUAUACCACAGAUAAUAUUUUCAGAUCAACAAUAUCACUAUUAUUGUGUACAUAAUGUCUCCUGAAGGUCUUUCGAAAAGCGAGUGUUACUUUGUUUUUGCGAAUGUUUGGAGUUGAUUCUACUUUGAUUAUAAUCGCAAACCUAUUUUAUUUUGAGGAAGUCACAUAAAUGUGGAAAUUAGCAAAUUAUAGAAGUAUCAAGAAAUUUCGGGUAACGGCAACUACCGUGGAGUUGCAGUAUGAACUCUCCAAUUCAUGUGCAACUAGUAAAAUGGACGGUGCCGGCGGUGGCUUUCGUCAUCGCUCUCUUUUGGUACAGACGUCGUCGAUUAGAUAGAUCUGAACUUGAGCGGAAUGAUCCAGGAGGAGACGCGGAACUAAGUCAUGAAAACAAUGCAGUUUUAAGUGAUUGCAAGGAAAUUGACACAGGACGUCACAAUUCGAACGUUCAGGAGGAAACCAGCCAAUCUUCGAUCAGUCAUAAUUGUGCAGAAGAAGAAGAAGAAGAGCUAACUCGCAUCCCAACGAAGAUAAGCGAGAGCACGGAGACAUAUAUGAGACAAAACUGCACGUCUAGUUUAGAAAACAGUAUGAACGCGCACUACACAGAUAUGUUCAUCGUGCCGUCCUGCAAAUUAGACAACACCGAUACACAGAUCACGGAUGUAUUUCAAGGUGGAAACGAGCAGAUCUUGUAUUAUGAGACGCAACAGCCGUCCCAGGAAGAAUAUGUUGCAAAUGAAUACGAGUACGAAGAUAGUCAGCAAGAGAAAGAAUACAUUGAGGAUACCAUUAAUACUCAGGAACAUGGUUACGAAAGGGACUCGGCGAAUCACAGCCCAGUUUCAGGAGUUCUGGAAGAUGCAGUCACUCCGGAUGAAACGCAGAGUGAAGGAAGCAUGGACAGUGGAAAAGGUGGAAGUAUCAACGAAAAUAGGAAAAACAAUGUCGUAUUGAACACAUACGACUUUGCCAUACCGCAACAUUUAGUAGGGAGAUUAAUCGGUCGUCACGGUAGCUUUUUACACAGCAUCCGCACAAAGACGAACGUCGCCAUAUACGUGCAUGAUCAUCCUUACGAUGGCGAUCAUAAAAUUUGCUCGAUACAGGGCAAUGCAGAUGAAAUUGAUGUUACCCUUAAGAUGAUAAGACAAAAAUUUCCAGAGAAGAAGUUUCCGCAGGUGACACUGGCGGAGAUCUCAACAGUACCCGAAAUAAUAACUGAUACCAUACCAUACGUACCAAGUUUGCUAGCUUUAUCCUUAAUCGAUGGCGUUAAUAAUGACAUUAGCGUCUCUCAUAUUGUGAAGCCAAACUGGCUUUUCGUUAAUCUUCCGACUCAUCCGACAUAUCUCUCUUUGCGAAAUUUGGAGAGUGAAAUGUUGCAAUAUUAUGGCCUUCCAGAUCCGUUAGCAGUACCGGACGUUGUAAAAAAGGGUGAUUAUGUAGCUGUGUUUUGGAACGAUAGAUGGGUUAGAGCAUUUAUACAAAAGACAAAUUCAAAGGGAGUACAUAUAAUACGACUAAUCGAUCACGGUGGCUAUUGGGUAUUUAAGAAGCAUGAAAUUAAACCACUGCUGUCUAAUCAUUUGCUAUUACCCUUCCAAGCGAUUGAAAUCUUCUUAGCAAAUAUUCAGGCAAAGAAUGGUGUAUGGUUGCCUACCGCUUAUGAAUUGGUAAGCAAUAUCUGCAGAACGUCCGGAAUCGGGCAAGCCCAAGUUGAAGGCUACAUAGACAGUAAUGUUUAUACUAACAUUUAUUAUACUUUCAACAAUUAUGGAGUAUUUUCCCUCGCUGACGAAUUAAUAGCGAAAGGAUAUGCGGAACCUAUAGCAUGGGAACACACGCAGCCAGAAAAAAUCGAGGCCGAAAAAAUUGAAGAUAGACGUCCUCAAUGAGAGUUGUAAGAAACUCUGCUGUUCUUAGAUUUCCUCGAAUCGAGUAAUUCACAUUUCUUAAAUAUAAUACUCGACUCAAAUUUAAUAGUAUAAUUAGCCCGUCGAUACUUCUUUAAUUAUAUCAAAAUUAAUUAAUUACUUUGCUUUUUUGACUUCAUUGGAUGUUUAGGCAUAAUUUUUCGUUGAGUCACCGUGAAUACUCAUGCAUCCUAGUAGAGAUUGGGUUUUCACAUAUAGAAAUAUAAUAGUUAAAUUAUAUUAUGUAUAAUGUUCUGGUACAAUAAGCACACAAGAAAAUUUAUACAUUUUAUCGUAACAUCGGAUAAAAAUUUCAAUCGUGUUUAAACAGCAUUUACAAUAACCAUUGCUCAAAAAGAGUGCGUUCCGUAAGCAUAAACUCGUCGAUUCAAACGAGUUCUCUGACAAGUACAAAGACUUUAAUUUAGUCCGAUAACGUAAGACACUUUUACAUCUUUUCGAAUUGUAUUCUCCGCGAUAUUUUGCCAUUUUUAUCUGGAAAACUUGAAGUUUUUCGUAUUGAUAACAUUAUUUGUAGGACAAGUCUUUCAGAUAGCAUGAAAUAAGCAUUCAGGAAAUUGCUUUCGUUGGUCCCCGUUAGCGAGGACGGAUCUCGAGAUUGUCUCAAGGAACAUGCAGCUGUGCUUAACUCUCUCCUAAACUCUUGUUAUACUUUUGUACAUAGUGUAAAAUACUUUUUUCUGAUACUAGAAUAUUUAUAUUUAGGAAUAAGAACAGAAAAGAUAUUUGCCGAUAUAAUAUCGAUUGUAUAUUAUAGAAAAGUAAAUGAUAACUUCAUGUUCGUCGAAGAACGUCACGUCUAAAUUAAAAUAUAUCGAGUAACUCGGACGAAUUAGGAAAUUCGAUUCUAUAUGAUCCACCUUUGAUUAGUGGCGAUUCGAAGAUUUCUUGAAGAAAACAUCACUUUUACACCAUAAUUUUAAAUAGUAUGAAACUUAUUCUCGCGUAAAAAUUGUUGAACAUCGUGUUCCUCACGCAUGUUAUCUUGCGACAUUUUUUCACAUUAUUUGAAUUACUAUUAAUAUUAUUAAAGUUAUUGUAGGCUUCAACAUAACUGUAACAACAUGUAUUUGCAAGAUUCAUUGUCAUUGUGGCAUGUAAUAAUCGUUAUUUCAUGCUUACUAAUAAUUUUCUUACAACUAGGAUGAUUUUCGGUAAUAUUUUUUCGAUGUUCCAAGACUAAGCCUUUGGAUUAAUCCAAACGUACCAAUAUAAUAUAUUGUACAUAUUUGAUAGUUUACUUAAAUAUCAACAAUCCUAUUGCGCUUUCGUUAAUGCUAAUUGUUUUCAUGUAAGAUUCAAUGCAGUAGAAACUAGUAGGAAAAGAAUUUGGAAAUGAUUUCUAUAUAACGUCUAAUACUUCUUGUAUACUGUGCUCAAUUGAAUAAACAUGAAAAGCUGGAAAAGUGUGUGUUGGAAAGUUAUUAGAUGUAUUCAUUUAAUAUUGUUGAUCAUACGUAAAAUGGAAAUAUUUUUCUAAGAAAAUGUACGAGUAUGUAUGUGUGUAUAUACAUAUAUAUAUGUGCGUAUGUAUGUAUGUAUGUAUCAAUAUGUUACACAAAGUUACAAUACUUUUUCGCGCACUGCGAUUAAUUAGAGUCAUGGUUUGUUAGAACAAAGAAUUUUUUGUAGUACCAAUAUAUUAGCAUUGCGAUGAUGUAACAAAAAUAUAACGACAAUAUAACAACAAUGUUACGCAAUAACCAUUCGUAAUUAGUUGUACUUUAAUAUCUUAUGUCUAAUAUACAUAGCUAAGGACAAUCUUGGAUUAUUUGAAUUUCACCAUCCACUUAUAUAUCAUAAUUGUGUAAAUUAAGUUUAUUUUGUAUCUUCCAAGCGCAGUAUCUUUCAACGCACGUCUUAUAAAUAUUCAUGGCAAAUCCUACACUUUCAUAGAAUAGUGGAUUAGAUAAUUAUACAUUGCAUUUAGUAAUCAUUUAAUUUAAAAACAAUUACAAUGUAAAGUCAUGAUUGCAGUCGUUAUUAUGAAAGGAGAAGAAUAAUUAUAUAUUUUUAAUUAAUCUUUUGCGAACGCCGCACAUAUGCAUCCUCAAAAAAUAGCUUCUUAUUUGCGAGCAACGUCUGUAUACGGUCUGAAUUCGUUUAUCAUUUCCCAAGUGACGACGAAGACGACAUAAUGACGUCUAUGAUGAAUAAUGUCAUUAUGUACUCUUCUGAUAUCACUUUGCUACUUGGAUUGCGAAUAUUGCGUGUAUGUGACAGCGAAUAUUGGUGCAGUUUAAUCUUUUUUUUUUUUAAUUUAGAUUUUUUUAAAUAGGAAAUAUCUGCUGCAUGCGUACGUGUACUUGCGCACAUGUAUAAGAUCCAAGAAGGAAGCGAUAAAAAAUCAUCAAUAAAUAUCCUAAAUAAUUGAUA